CCUCGGCUCGUGGAAAAAUUUCAAGAGUGCCACCGAUUGAGGAGCAAAGCCACGAAGUUGAGUGCUAUUGGCGCAGAGUUAACGUGGGGAAGUUCCAUUGGCGGGAACUCUGUGUACGGCAACGGUGCUGCUCCGAUAGCCCGUGAUCCUCUCCAUCCGGGGAGGCCCGAAUCCAAAGCCCGAAUCCAAAGCUAAGAGAUAUCACACUCAUUCCCAGCUUCGCCCUUUCAUCCUCCUCUCGUCUGAAGCUGAAGCUGAAGCUUCUUCGGUGUCCGGGAAGAACAGAGGGACAGAGCCAGCGUUUUCUGACGCAGAAGCCAUGGCCGAUCGGACCCCACCUUCUUCUUCUUCUGAACAGAAAGAUAAGAAGGAUUACUCUACUGCAAUUUUGGAGCGGAAGAAGUCACCUAACCGCCUAGUAGUUGAUGAAGCUAUCAGUGAUGAUAACUCAGUGGUUACUAUGCACCCGGCUACCAUGGAGAAGCUCCAGUUUUUCCGAGGAGAUACUGUUCUAGUUAAGGGCAAGAAGCGUAAGGACACAGUUUGCAUCGUGCUUGCCGAUGAACUAUGCGAUGAACCAAAGAUCAGAAUGAACAAAGUAGUUCGAACAAACCUGAGGGUUCGUCUUGGCGAUGUAGUUUCUGUUCACCAGUGUCCUGAUGUGAAGUAUGGGAAACGGGUCCACAUCCUUCCUGUUGAUGAUACAAUCGAGGGGGUCACCGGAAACCUCUUUGACGUAUACUUGAAGCCCUAUUUCCUGGAGUCUUACCGUCCUGUGAGGAAAGGUGACCUCUUUCUAGUAAGAGGAGGAAUGCGAAGUGUUGAGUUUAAAGUGAUAGAGACGGACCCAGGUGAAUAUUGUGUUGUUGCACCUGAUACAGAGAUUUUCUGUGAAGGAGAACCCAUCAAACGUGAGGAAGAGGAAAGAUUGAAUGAAGUAGGGUAUGAUGAUGUUGGUGGUGUUAGGAAGCAAAUGGCUCAAAUACGUGAGCUAGUAGAACUUCCACUUAGGCAUCCUCAGCUCUUCAAAUCCAUUGGUGUGAAGCCACCAAAGGGGAUACUCCUUUAUGGGCCACCUGGUUCUGGGAAGACAUUGAUAGCGAGGGCUGUGGCUAAUGAAACCGGCGCAUUUUUCUUCUUGAUUAAUGGGCCUGAAAUCAUGUCGAAAUUAGCUGGUGAGAGCGAAAGCAACCUGAGAAAGGCUUUCGAGGAAGCUGAGAAGAAUGCUCCGGCUAUUAUCUUCAUUGAUGAGCUGGACUCUAUUGCACCAAAGAGAGAGAAGACUCACGGUGAAGUCGAAAGGCGUAUUGUGUCACAACUUCUGACUUUGAUGGAUGGGCUUAAGGCGAGGGCCCAUGUGAUUGUCAUUGGAGCUACUAAUAGACCCAAUAGCAUCGACCCUGCUCUAAGGAGAUUUGGGAGGUUUGAUCGAGAAAUUGAUAUUGGUGUACCUGAUGAAGUUGGAAGGUUGGAAAUUCUCAGAAUCCAUACAAAAAAUAUGAAGCUUGCAGAAGAUGUCGAUCUAGAGAAAGUAGCUCGAGAUACUCAUGGUUAUGUUGGAUCCGACCUUGCCGCCCUUUGCACAGAAGCUGCCCUUCAGUGUAUAAGAGAGAAGAUGGAUGUGAUUGACCUUGAGGACGACACCAUUGAUGCGGAGAUCUUAAAUUCCAUGGCCGUAACAAAUGAGCACUUCCAAACUGCUUUGGGAGCUUCCAAUCCAUCAGCUCUGCGUGAAACCGUUGUGGAAGUUCCGAAUGUCUCCUGGGAUGAUAUUGGUGGCCUGGACAACGUUAAAAGAGAGCUUCAAGAGACUGUUCAAUACCCGGUUGAGCAUCCCGAGAAGUUUGAGAAAUUUGGCAUGUCACCUUCCAAGGGUGUUCUCUUUUAUGGGCCACCAGGUUGCGGAAAAACCCUUCUUGCAAAAGCCAUUGCUAAUGAAUGCCAAGCAAACUUCAUUAGUGUUAAAGGACCUGAGCUUCUGACGAUGUGGUUCGGAGAAAGUGAGGCAAAUGUGAGAGAGAUUUUUGACAAGGCGAGACAAUCAGCUCCAUGCGUCCUUUUCUUUGAUGAACUUGACUCCAUUGCGACUCAGCGUGGGAGUUCUGUGGGAGAUGCUGGGGGUGCUGCAGAUCGAGUCUUGAACCAACUUCUCACAGAGAUGGAUGGGAUGUCAGCUAAGAAGACGGUCUUUAUCAUAGGGGCCACAAACAGGCCCGACAUCAUUGACCCAGCGCUGCUUCGUCCUGGGCGGCUUGACCAGCUUAUUUACAUUCCAUUACCUGAUGAAGCUUCCCGCCUUCAGAUCUUCAAAGCUUGUCUGAGGAAGUCUCCUGUCUCGAGAGAUGUUGAUCUUGGAGCUCUUGCCCGUUACACUCACGGGUUCAGUGGAGCAGAUAUAACUGAAAUUUGUCAGCGUGCCUGCAAAUAUGCAAUCCGAGAAAAUAUUGAGAAGGAUAUCGAAAAGGACAGGAGGAAGAAGGAGAACCCAGAGGCAAUGGAAGAGGAUGAAGUGGAUGAUGUCUCGGAGAUCAAGGCUGCCCACUUUGAGGAAUCGAUGAAGUUCGCCAGAAGAAGUGUGAGCGAUGCAGACAUUAGAAAGUACCAGCUGUUUGCUCAGACUCUGCAGCAGUCGCGCGGGUUCGGGUCAGAGUUCCGGUUCCCCGAUCAACCUGACAAUGUGGCCGGGGCAAAUACGGGGCCAGCUUCCGACCCGUUCGCUUCUGCGAAUCCUGGUGCAGACGACGAUGAUCUGUACAGCUGAGUUCUUCCAUGUUCCAACUCUCCUCCCCCCCUCCAACAGUUCUACAUUUACGGCUCAUGUAUGCGUGUAUUACUACGAGUUCUGCUAACUAUAUGUUACCUCGAGUUAGGUGACCUUAUCUUACUAUGCAGAAAUAAGAUUUCGACUUGUUAAGUUUAUGAAUGC